AUGAGCCGACUCGUGAAUGCUCUCAUCCCUUUCAUAAGCUUGGGCAUGAAAGCCUACGGUGUGCAUGAUCCGGGCAUGGUCUAUGGAUUUGAACAAAUUGAACCAUCAGCCAACCUCACAUGGACACCAUGUUUCGAUGCCUUUAAUUGCUCUAGACUGGAAGUUCCUCUGGACUAUUCAAACAGAAGUCUUGGCACGACGUCGAUUGCGUUUAUCAAGUUGGCUGGCAAAAAUGCCACUGUCCAGUCUCCAAGCAUUGUACUCAACCCCGGUGGUCCGGGUGGUUCUGGUGUCGACCUACUCCUCACAUACCAGAAUCUCAUCGGGCAGAUGUUUGGAGAGCAGUACAACUUCGUCUCCUUUGACCCUCGCGGUGUGAACAAUAGCGGCUUGCAUCUUGACUGUUUCUCGGAGGACACAAAGGCAAGAUCAGCUUUCUAUAGACUGCACAGAACAGGUGCCACCAAUAUCUCAUCAACCUCGCUUGAGGAACAGUACUAUUCAAGCUCUAUCUACGGCGAGUGGUGCAACAAUGCUAUCAAGAGCAAGUCACCCCAUUCAUAUUACGUGACCACGCGAGCAGUUGCCCAUGAUUUGCUCACAUUUACCGAAGCCGAGGCUGAGUGGGCCGGUCAGUCACCAUCAAACGCCCAAUUAUGGUGCUAUAGCGUCAGUUACGGCACUGUCAUCGGCAGCACUUUCGCUUCCCUGUUUCCUGACCGCGUUGGGAGAAUGAUCCUUGAUGGUGUUCUGAACGCAGAGCAAUAUUAUAACAACUAUUGGACGGACAAUGUUGAUCAAAUGGACGAGGCCAUCGAAACAUUCUCCACCUUCUGUCAUUCGGCAGGGCCUGAAAAAUGCUCCUUUUGGGGGCCCACGCCCGCUAACAUCACGGCAAGAAUGGAUGGCAUCAUCCGUCAGCUUCAGAACCACCCAGUCCCGCUAAGCGGCGCCGGAGAUCCAGACCUGCCGACCAUGGUCACCUAUUCAGACCUAAAGACUCUUUUUCUCAACACACUUUACACCCCACUGGCAAGGUUUCCAAGCAUGGCAGACAUCCUACACCAGGUGGAGCGUGGAAAUGUGUCUGCUCUUGCGGGCAUGUAUGACCAGUUAAACUCUAUAACCGAUGCCCGUCUCGCCAUUACAUGCUCUGAUUCGUAUCGAAGGAAUAGGCUUACUACCAUAGAAGAGUUCAAGCUUUGGGCAGAGUACACCAUUGUCAAGAGCAAGUACAUCGGUGAUAUCUACCCCACCUUCCUGGAAGGCAUCUUAUGCCGAUCAUUUCAACCGCAGUUGCCUGAUAGCAUGGUAGUUCAUGGCGAAAUAAAAGCACUAAACACGCCUACGUCCUUCCCGAUUCUGUUCGCAAGUAAUACUAUCGACCCUAUCACGCCGUUGAAAUCGGCGCGCAAGAUGUCUUCUCGGUUUGCCGGAUCGGUACUUUUAAUGCAGGAAGCUGUUGGUCAUACGGUCAUCGACCAGGGGGGAUCAAACUGUUACUUUGGCCAUAUUCAGGCAUACCUCCAAGGGACAGUUCCAUCAUCCAACACUACAUGCCCCCGACAGUACAGUCCUUUCAUAGAUGCCUCCCCCAUUUAA